AUGGCUGACUCGUCACCAAGUGUGGCCUUCCCGCCUCGAAAAACCAGUCCACCGUUGAAUGAUGCUCACGCGAGUACAUCAACCAACAACCGCGAUGGAGCGUUGAUUUUACAUGCCAAUUCUUCUGGCACUGCUUGGUGGUCCCGAUUCAGAUACCCAAUAAUCACCGCUGGAAUUGUGCUUCUGUUGAGUCCAUUUACAUUCCUGUGGCCCGGCCAGGAGUCAAUUGAUCCCAAGAACUAUGCGGAACGCACCAAACGAAUUCUCGAGACCACGCCUUUGAUAGAUGGACACAAUGACUUACCUUUCAUGCUUCGCCUUGAAUUGAAGAAUCGUAUCUACGAUGAACGCUUCGACUUUUCAAACCGACUGCUUGGGCAUACUGAUUUGCAACGCUUGAGGCAAGGCAUGGUCGGCGGUCAGUUCUGGAGUGUUUACGUAGAUUGCGAUGAACAACAGAAACACUUUGAAGAUCCUUCUUGGAUCGUCCGAGACACACUGGAGCAAAUAGAUGUGACUCGACGAUUCAUCCGCGAGCAUCCCAAAGACCUCGAGUAUUGCGAUACUUCGGCUUGCGCUCUAAACGCGUUCAAAUCGGGCCGCAUUGCGAGUAUGAUUGGCAUCGAGGGUGGCCAUCAGGUCGGCGGCAGCAUUGCGAGUAUCCGACAGAUGUACGAGUUGGGGGCGAGAUAUAUGACUAUCACACAUAAUUGCGACAAUGCGUUUGCAAUGGCUGCUACGACUGUAGCUGCUGGAAGCACAGACAAAGGACUUUCGAAACUUGGAAAGGAUGCAAUCAAGGAAAUGAACCGGAUGGGAAUGAUGGUCGAUCUCUCACAUGUGUCACAUCAAACAAUGAGGGAUGUGCUUAGCAUCGCCCGAGCACCAGUCAUCUUCUCACACUCUGGAGCAUACACAAUUGAACAGCAUCUCCGGAACGUUCCUGACGACGUCCUUCGCCAGGUCAAGCACAACGGAGGCAUUGUCAUGGCUGUUUUCCUAAAUCGCUUUCUCAACAUGAAACACCCCGAACAAGCAACAAUCCACGACGUCGCAGACCAUAUUUUCCACAUCGCAGAAGUCUGCGGAUGGACUUGCGUGGGAAUCGGCGCUGAUUUCUUCGGAAUGUCAAAUGUCCCCAUUGGAUUGGAGGAUGUCUCCAAAUAUCCUAGUUUGAUGGAAGUGCUAAUGCAGCGCGGUGCGACAGAUGAGCAAAUCCGCUUGCUCGCGGGUGAAAACAUCCUUCGAGUAUGGGGCAAUAUUGAAAAAAGCGCAAAGGCUAUUCAGGCCACGGGUGAGAAGCCAGUAGAAGAAGAGUACGAGGGACGGGAGUGGCACAAGGGGUAUUCGACUGAUCCUUAUAUGCUGAGGGGAGGACUUGAAGAAGCUAUUAAAAACGGUGCCAAGAUUGAGGAAGAUAUGUUCGAUUUAGAUGCUGAAGGUCGUCCUAAGGUUUUAUCUACAUAG